AUGGAGGAUGCGUUUGACGUCAGCAGCUUUGAAUCGGUAUCUGUCAAAAAGAUCCGCACUUCUGCAGGCUUGGUAAUGGGAAGCUGCAUGUGUAUGGGCACUGGGGAGAAGAAGUCCAAGAGGAAGCUGUACAAGAACUCCCUGGACUGCCUGGCCAGUAUCUACAAGUGGGAGGGGCUGCUGGGGGUGAACCGCGGCAUGGUCACCACGCUGAUCCGAGAGACCCCCUGCUUUGGAGUCUACUUCCUGACCUACGACUUUCUGACCCGCUCCAUUGGCUGCGAGCCCGGCGAACCUUACAUGAUCCCCAAGCUGCUAUUUGCCGGCGGGAUGUCCGGGGUCACCUGCUGGCUGUCCACCUAUCCUGUGGACGUGAUUAAGUCCCGCCUCCAGGCGGACGGGAUGGGCGGAGUCUACCAGUACAGCAGCAUCGCUGACUGCGUGCGGCAGAGUGUGAGAAGGGAGGGGCUCAGAGUGUUCACGCGAGGUCUCACCUCCACCCUGCUCAGGGCGUUUCCCGUCAACGCUGUCACCUUCGCCACAGUCACUCUGGUGCUGAUGUACGCACGGGGGGUGGAGGAGGGGCCCAAGGAAUGUGAACCGGCGUCCCCCGGCACAGCUCACCACACACAGCUACAGCAGCAGGCCCAAGCCUCCAGCCUGUGACCUGAGUCUGGAGGUGUUACUCCCAC